AUGUUAGUGGCUCGCAUGCUGACCAAGGUCGAGCAUUGUGCUGAACGCAGAGAUAACGUUGACGCGCAGUAUGACACUGAUAGUGUCUGUGUGUUUCGUGAAAGUGUGAGUGUACUGUAUAGUGCUCGAUGUUGCUACACGUACACGGUACGUGCAAAGCGAGGACUGCAAGCGGCCCUACAAGGCGAGGCGAGCAUUGUGCUGGACGCUGAGAUAACGUUGACGGGCAGUAUGACACUGAUAGUGUCUGUGUGUUUCGUGAAAGUUGCUCGAUGUGGCUACACGUACACGAUACGUACAGAGCGAGGACUGCAGGCGGCCCUACAAGGCGAGGCGAGCAUUGUGCUGGACGCUGAGAUAACGUUGACGCGCAGUAUGACACUGAUAGUUGCUCGAUGUGGCUACACGUACACGAUACGUAAAGAGCGAGGACUGCAGGCGGCCCUACAAGGCGAGGCGAGCAUUGUGCUGGACGCUGAGAUAACGUUGACGCGCAAAAAUAAUCAUUGUUGUUUGUUUUCAGGCAUGGAGGCGCUAGAGACAAGCAUAAACUACUGGGAGGACGCGCUGGCCGUGUACACUAGCCGCGGAAGCGGGGGGACCUUGGCUCUAACCAGCGAGGAUGAGGCGGAGUUCUCUCGAGAGCUGCAGAAACUGGUGGAGGCCGCCUACAACCUACAGGAGCAGUGCGAACUGUUGUUCCUGGAUCAGAGGUCAGUCCUGUUCCGUGCGGAGAGUUCAGUUCGCGGCGCGGAGUCGGAACACAGGUCCGGGGACUACUCCUCUCCCGAGUCCUUUGUCUCUGCUCAGGAUCAGGUAGCAGAUCUGAGAGAGUUUGAGGAGUUUGCAGACCUUUGGACAGACACAGAGAAGCUACCCUUGUACCAGUCUGCUCUCAGGCAAUUUGAGGAUGUGGGUAUUCCGUACAGGACACUGAGGACAGAGAUGGUUCACUGCAGCUCAGAUGUGGAGUACCUCUGCAAGUUGCACUGUAUCAGGCUGGCCUUCCAGUGGCUCUUCCAAGACACUGCAAACUGGACCUGGUUUGCCAACAAUGGACGCCAAGUUCUCUAUGACUUGUUGCUGUUUGCAGAGAAGGAUACCAAGGACUUCAUGGUGGCCUAUGAGGAGAUGCUGCUGUUCCUACAGGAGAAGAGCUGUUGGACCGAUGUAGAGACGGAGCUGAGUGUGAAGGGAGUUAAAGCAAUGACGUUCUACGAUGUUGUCAUGGACUACAUCCUGAUGGAUGCCUUCGAGGACCUGGACACUCCUCCGUCCUCUGUCACCGCUGUCGUCCAGAACCGAUGGCUGUCUAAUGGCUUCAAAGAGUCGGCUUUAACAACGGCGGUUUGGUCUGUUCUGAAGGCAAAGAGAAGGAUGUUAAAGUUUCCAGAUGGAUUUAUGGCACAUUUCUAUGCUAUCUCAGAACAGAUGUCCCCAUUGAUGGCAUGGGGAUUUCUGGGACCAGACGAAAACCUCAAAUCUAUCUGUUUGUACUUCAGGGAGCAAGUCAUGGGUUUUCUAACAGAUGCCUUCAGUUUCCAAAAGACGAGAUACACCACCGUUGAAGAGUUGGCCGAGGACGUGUUCAGUCACAUCAAGUUGCGGGUGAACAACAUAAGCCGCCGCUUGUCGUCAAGAGACUUGCAGAACACAGUUUAGUCAGACCUCGUAGAUGUGUUCUCGUCACUCCACUUGGCCUUCUUCAACCUCGUUAGUUGUUCCUGUCUCACGUAGCUUUAAGUGCGUACUGUAUUUAGUUCUGAUUGGAUAACCUGAUUUAGUUUGUACUAAACUGUAAGUAUUGUAAAUUUUGUCUGUGUAAAAUGUCUUCUGUCGUGUAAUUUCUCUGUAACAAUAAAUUAUAUUUGUUUUAAAUUAUUUAUAUAGUUUAUAAUGUGCAGUAUUCUGUCAUUUGAGCUAAACUCUUCAUGUUGUUUGUGAUCCGUAUCAACACUAGUUAUAAAGAGAUAAAAGUAGGCUAAAAUUCUUAGUAUAUUGUGAUUGUUUCAUUUUUUAGGAUUAUUGUAUUCCAAUUAAAUAAAUUUAAUUUUUGUCUGAUUAA